GCCUGUGGCUGCACAGACAGGAGAUUCAAGCUCUCAACUCAUCCAAUCCCAGAGGACAGAGAGGCAACACUGCUCACUUCAUUCAGAAACCAAGACGUCUCAUUCAGAAACUGAAAGAAACCAUGAAGACAACACUGGCCACACUUACCCUCUGCCUGGUGGUGCUCCUGGCCACAGGUUUCCCCUUUGAGAGGAAAGGUGGGUCAGCCGCCGGCGGUGCUUCUAAGGAGAAGCGUGUGCAGUACGCAGCAUGGGACGACGUGAAUGUCAUCGCCCACGGUCUCCUGCAGCUGGGCCAGGGGCUGAAGGAGCACGUCGACAAAACCAAAGUCCAGAUGAGGGACAUUUCCACCAAGCUGAAGGUCUUCAAUCGCACCGUGGCUGAGCUGGGCGCGGAGAGCCACAGGCUGAGGUCGGAAGGCGAGACCCUGAAGGUCCAGGUCCGAGGGCUGGAGGACAGAGAGGUGCAGAUGAUCAAUGUCACGGCCGAGCUGAGGGAGAAGGCGGAGGAGAUGCUCCAGGAGAAGAGGACAAUGAAUGACAGGAUGAACAGGCUGGAGCAGAAGGUGGAGAACAUGCUGCACGAGACUGACACAAGUGCAGGGAGCAGGAACAAGACUGAUGCUCACAACAUCCAGCUGAUGCUGGAGGCUCAGAACAAACGCAUUGAUGAUCUGAUGGAGAGGAUCCGACUCCAACAGGAGAAGCUGGACAAGCAGAACAUGCGCAUCAGAACCCUGCAGAGUCAGGUCCAGUUACGACUGAGAAGCAGCAGCACCACGGGAGGUCCUGCCAUCCUGGAGCAAGGGGACUCACCACUAGAACUUCCAUCAGACUGUCAUGAACUGUUCCUGAGAGGAGAAACCACCAGUGGCAUCUACACCAUCCAGCCAAUCAACGCAGAGCCUUUCAAAGUCUUCUGUGAGAUGACAGCUGACGGUGGAUGGACGGUGGUCCAAAGACGUCAGGAUGGCUCUGUUGACUUUAACCAGCAAUGGCAAGCCUACGAGAAAGGCUUCGGCACUUUGAAUGGAGAGUUCUGGUUGGGUCUUGAAAAGAUACACUCCAUUGCCAAAGACGGAGGCUACGUUCUCAACAUCAAGCUCUCUGACUGGAACAGUGACUUGAUGUCAGUGCGUCUCCCUUUUCAACUGGGUGGAGAAGAAACCAAAUACUCGCUCAAGGUCGAGGAAGCCGGUGCUUUCGGAAUCCUAGAGAGGUCCCUGGGAGCUGAUGCCACCUUAGGUCUGCCCUUCUCCACCAGCGACCAGGACAAUGAUCGGAAAAAGGACUACAACUGCGCUAAGCAGCUUACUGGUGGUUGGUGGUUCAGUAACUGCGGUUCCUCCAACCUGAACGGUAGAUACUUCCAGAGUCCACCACCCAAACUGCGACAUCAGAGGAAGCAGAGCAUCUUCUGGAAGAGCUGGAGAGGGCGCUACUAUCCUCUGAAGUCCAGCCUAAUGAUGGUCGCACCUGCCUUCAUCCAGAACAAGUCAUAAAGAACAGGAAGAAAAAAAACGUGACAAACAAAAAGGAAAUAAUUUAAUGUUGUUUAACGGUGUUUGGUAGAACACAGAAAAUAGACACAAAAAGAAUUCACUUCAAUUUUCAUUGGUUUAGAAGACAGGUUUUAUAUAUAUUUAUAGAUAUAAAUAUAUAUAUAUAUCAAGCUUACUUUUGGAAAUUCUGUGUUAGGCAGGGGCUCCCUGCAGGUCUGGGCUUGUCGGCUGUGUUGUCAGCCAUGGAACAUUUUCAACAUGUGGAGACCCGUCACUAGACUUGUGCGUGAUCAGCGGUUCAAGAACACACUCGGCACCAAAACGAAUAAACAACUGCUUUUACUAGGUGUAGGGCCGUGUUGGAGUGAGGUGUUUCAAAACGUGGACCAAAUCCAGACUAAUUAGAACAAAAGUCAUAAUGACGUAAGGUUUUAAGGGUUUUAAGGCAUUACACUGAGCUCAUACUGUUGCGCUCACAUUGUAUUAUUGUAUACAACAUUUACGACUGAAAUCAUUCCAGGCUUUCACAUAUUGUACGUAUUCUGCGCUAUUCUGUCCAGAAAUCUGAAUGGACUUCACGCUGUACAGAUUCAGAUGAUGUACGUAAGUCAUAUUGACUCCUUACGAGACAAUGAGAGACAUGAGUUUUGUACAUAAUGUAUGAAGAAAUACUGUCUGUCUUGUCAGAAACGUUUUUACUGUUUGACUGUGGCAUUGUCUGUCUUGUCAUCACUUGAGUGUUGUUGCUGUGGACGUUCCCCUUUUUUAUUUAAAUGAUGUAAAGAUAUAGAUAUAAAUAUAUAUUUCAUUUCUUGUUUGUAAUUUAUAUUGUCUGUCCUUUUUUUAUCAAAUGUUAAACUGUUCGUUAAAGACAAAACACCAAUUCUUUUGACAAAAUGAGCCAAUAAAAUUGAUUCUAACAUCA